UUAAAUUUCAUAUUAUUUCUGAGAUCAUUAUAUAUUUUACAAAGUUUCAAAUUAAAUCAAGUGUAGUUUACCUAAUACAUUACAAUACUAAUAAAAUGUUUCUUCUUUGCAGGCGAAUUUUCCCAAGAGGUCUAUCGCCGUCGUGAAAGGUCGCAAAAAUGGGUGCGUAUCGUUAUAUGCAAGAACUUUAUCGCAAGAAGCAGAGCGAUGUUAUGCGCUACUUGCUCCGUAUUCGCGUGUGGCAAUAUCGUCAAUUGACUAAAUUGCACCGCUCGCCGAGGUCAACUCGCCCAGAUAAGGCACGUCGUCUGGGAUACAAGAACAAACAAGGAUUCGUCAUCUACCGUAUCCGUGUUCGCCGUGGAGGUCGUAAACGUCCAGUGCCAAAGGGUUGCACUUAUGGUAAACCCAAGAGCCAUGGUGUUAACGAAUUGAAGCCUACUCGUUGCUUGCAAUCUAUUGCUGAGGAACGUGUUGGUCGCAGACUCGGUGGAUUGAGAGUACUCAACUCUUACUGGAUCGCUCAAGAUGCUUCGUACAAAUAUUUCGAAGUCAUCUUGAUCGAUACCCAUCACAAUGCCGUUCGUCGUGAUCCUAAAAUCAACUGGAUCUGCAAGCACGUGCACAAGCAUCGUGAAUUGCGUGGACUUACUUCAGCUGGCAAGAGCUCCCGUGGCAUUGGAAAAGGCUACAGGUACUCUCAGACCAUUGGUGGUUCACGUCGCGCUGCCUGGAAGCGCAAGAAUCGUCUGCACUUGCGCAGGAAGCGAUAAGCUGUUUGAUGAUAAAAUUGGUGUUUUAUAUUUUUACCUCUUGAUAGUGGUAGUAUAAUAAAAAAAAAAGUUGAAAAAAUCUAAAAAAAAAA